AUGGAUUCCUCAGUGGCCAUGAAAACUUUCGAAUUGGAGAAUGACGUUGAGGAGAUCGACCAGAUCUACUCUUACGAUGAUAACGCACAAAGAGAAAUCAACAAUAAGCGUCCAUGGAGGCAAGAUCCUCAUUAUUUCAAGCGUGUCAAGAUUAGUUCAGUUGCACUUAUCAAAAUGGUUCUACACGCAAGAUCUGGCGUCCCUUAUGAAGUUAUGGGUCUUAUGCAAGGCAAGAUUGAAGGUGAUACAAUGAUUAUCAUGGAUGCUUUCGCUUUACCUGUCCAGGGUACUGAAACACGCGUUAAUGCUUCAAAUGAAGCUAAUGAAUUCAUGGUCAACUGGUUAAAUGGCAGCAAGUCUGUCAACAAGCCAGAGAAUGCUCUAGGUUGGUAUCAUUCCCACCCAGGCUACGGUUGCUGGCUUAGUGGUAUAGACGUUACCACUCAGUCUACCAAUCAGACGUUCCAGGAUCCAUGGGUUGCUGUCGUUAUUGAUCCAAAUAGAACUAUCUCAGCUGGCAGAGUCGACAUUGGCGCUUUUAGAACUUAUCCUGAGGGUUAUAAGCCACCGACAAGUACAGCAGUUGAUCAAAACAUCCCUCAGUCAAAGAUUGAAGAUUUUGGUGUUCACGCAAACGCUUACUAUCAACUUGAAGUGUCGAUAUUCAAAAGCACCCUUGAUAAAAAAGUACUUGACCUGCUUUGGAGCAAGUAUUGGGUCAACACGCUCGCUCAAAGCAAUCUCGUCACUAAUCGAGCAUACUUGACUGAUCAAAUUACCGAUCUUCAAGCCAAGCUAAAAGCAGCUGAAAUGGGACUUUAUGGAAGAGGUGCUGCUGAGAAGCCAGAGGAUGAUUCAGGUCUUGCAAAAGCAGUACGAUCUAGCAACCGCAUAGCCGUUGAGGGCCAACUUGGCUUAAUAUCACAGAUGGCCAAAGACGCACUAUUUAAUUGGAAAGGCUGCACAGAUCAUGACCAUAACAAUGACCAUAACAAGAUAAGCACAUGUGCAAAUAACGUGUCACAGCUAAGUACUGAACCAAUGCAGAUGUAA